AUGUCGGAUUUAGGAAAGAUGAGGUAUUUCCUUGGUAUUGAGGUGCAACAAUUGAAAAAUGGAAUCUUCAUUAGCCAAAAGAAGUAUGCAUGGGAUGUACUUAAAAGAUUUCAAAUGGAAGAAUGCAAUGCUGUUUUAAAUCCUAUAGUUCCUGGUUUCAAAAUUUCGAAAGAUGAGAAUGGAGUUAUGGUUGAGAGCACUUUCUACAAACAGCUAGUUGGGAGCUUGAUUUACUUAACAUCAACUCGUCCAGAUUUGUUGUAUGCAAUGAGCUUAAUUAGUAGGUAUAUGUCUCAACCUACAGAACUUCAUCUUAAUGCUGCAAAAAGGGUGCUAAGGUACGUGAAGGGAACUACCAGCUUUGGCAUUUUAUAUCAGAAAGGAGCAAGUAACAUGUUGACUGCCUACAACGACAGUGAUUAUGCAGAAUGUUUGGAGGAUAGAAAGAGCACUUCAGGAUAUGCUUUCAUGAUCAGUUCAGGAGCAGUAGCUUGGUCUUCUAGAAAGCAACCAAUUGUGACACUGUCAACGACGGAGGCUGAAUACGUAGCAGCAGCGGCAUGUGCUUAUCAAGCGAUGUGGAUGAAGAUGGUUCUUAAAAGCCUUUGCUGUGAUAAUAAUGAGUGCACAACCAUUUUUUGUGAUAAUAGUUCAACAAUAAAAUUAUCCAAAAAUACGGUUCUGCACAAAAAGGAGUAA